GAAAAACAUAAAGAGAGAGGAAACAAACAAAAAAAAAAAAUAAUUUAUCAAAUUCAGAAAACAAGUUGAAAUUUUGUUCAUUAUGAAAUUUAUAAUACGGUGAAUCAUUCCAAAUUUCUGGUCAUAUAUUCUUUUAAAUUUUUUUUUGGCUAAAAUUGCUUAUGUAGACGACGAUGGCCAAGAAGGGAGCGGUGCAACAAUUGCAGGCGGAUCUACAGAACGAUGAGGAUUUUGCCAGGUUCCUGGAACGUCCUGGAUUGUUGGUAUUGGAUGUUUACUCGGACUGGUGCGGUCCUUGUCUGGGUAUGGUUGGUAGUUUGCGUAGGGUUAAACUUGAAUAUGGCGGUGAUAACUUGCAGUUGGCCAUUUGCAAAUCGGAUACAAUCACAGAUUUAAAGCGUUUCAAUAAGAGGAGUGAGCCCACUUGGCUGUUUGUAACAGGCGGCAAGGCGGUGAAUAUUAUGUAUGGUACUGAUGCCCCAAAGCUCUUGGCUGUGGUCAUAAAGGAGCUGGAGAAGACAUUGCAGAAGCUACCGCGUUCACAUGUAUAUGAUAUAGCAGAGCUCCAACCCAUUGAGGUGGAGCAGUUGCGUGUGAAGACCGAAGCCCUUGAGAAGCUCGAACGGAUUGAACGUGAUGCUAAGAAUAAGAAACAAAAUGACUAUCUGAACCAAGUGACGGAUGCCAUUAUGGAGAAUAUGCCGGAUAUUGGUGUCACAGUCUUUGGACCACAAGUUAAUCGUGAUAUGUUUAAGAAAUUAACAGAGCCCGCAGAACCACUCAAAAUGCAGUGCAAGGAUCGCAAAGUUGUUCAAGUGACUGCCGAACAAUUUGAUAUUGUCAAUUAUGCGUGUAGGAAUCCAAUGCCACCCGAUGUGCUGGAACAGCUGGAUGGCAAGGAAUUGCUUAUGUGCUUUUGGAAGAUCGAUGAGACAGUGGGAACGGUCCCCAAUGUGCUGGCGGCAUAUGCCCAUGAGCUGACAAAGGAGAGAUCUGCCCCGCCAAAUGAGCAAUUCUUUGAGGAGCAUGCUAUCCCUCCUAUAAUAUCGCCCAUGAAGAUCAAAUUUGAAGUGGAACUUAAGGAGGGCGAAGUGUGGGUCGAAGAUGUAAGCUCGGAAGAGGAGCAGAAGCCGGUCAAAGGGAAAAAGCAACCCAAAUUGAAGUCGCCAACCCAUCAAGAGGACGCCACUCCAGUUCCCGUCGACGAAGAGGUAGGCGAACAGGAUGGCGAAGAAGAAGGAAGUGAGGAGGAUGGUCCAGAAUAUGGAGCAGAUGGUUUACCAUCCCUUCCAAGCAUGCCAUUUGAUAUUGACUUGGAUUUGGAUUUGGGUGACGAUAUGGGUGAGGAAGAAGAAGAAGUUAAGGAGGAAGAACCACCCAAACCAUUGACUCGCACAAAAACCGUUAAGAUGCCGGCUGUGUGGGUUCCCAAUAAUAGACGCACCCAUGCUGCCCUCAUCUAUAUGUUCUUCCGAGGUCAAACUACAGGUUUCUUGGCACCAGACCCAAAACCAGAACCGCCACAUAUAAUCAUGGCAUUCGAUGCCACCAAACGCCGAGAGAUAAUGCACGUGGUGGAGCGUCAUAGGGAAGAGGUGCCGCUGUAUGGUUACUUCACCAACGACGAUCCAGACGGAACAGAGCUAAUAGCGAACUCCACAGACAAAUACGAUUACUAUCCAGAGCAAUUGCUGAGCGACAAAAUUGUGCUCAAGGUCAAUAAGGUGCAAUCCAAUAUGAUGCUCUCCUUGGUCUCGUAUGGACCUAGCUAUGUCAGUCCCAAUGUGACAGCCGGACAUGACGAGGCUCUUAAAUUCUUUCCAGACGACUACAGGCAACAGGAAGAGCCGCCCGCUGAUGUUAAACAGAAGAAGGUCAAAAAGGGCAAGAAAGGUGAGGAAAUUCCAGAGAAGGCUCGAGAGAAGGCGGCAAGCCUUGAACCUCAACGUACAACAUUGCCCGCAGAUGCUGGAGCAGCAGUUUCCGCCGAUGUGCAACAACCAGGUGAAGAUAUUGAGAAGGAGACUUCUCAAACCGCUGUUCAAGGUGCAGAAGGUGAAGCGGCGGUUCCACCUACAACUGAAGGAGAGGGUGCUCCAGCGCCAGAGGGUGAAUCUGUGGUGGCGGAGGUUACCCAUGAAUCAGCUCCAACUGAAGCAGCUGCCGAAGAAGCUCCACAACCAGGUGAGGCUGUUGCCGAGACAUCCGCACCACCAGAGUCAGCUCCACCGGAAGUUGCACCGGAACCACCGAAAGAAGAGACACCUCCGGUUGAGGCUCCGCCAACAGAAGCUCCGCCACCAGAGCCAACACCACCAGAGCCAACACCACCAGAGGCAGCGCCAACAGAGGCGCCUCCAGCGGAGGAACCACCCACAGAGGCACCUCCACCAGAAGCACCGCCACCAGAUGCCGAAUAAUACAUUUCCAUAUAAGCAUGUUAAAUUUUUGUACUAAAAUUAUUCAAAGACAAAAAAAAACAGUAA